UGCACUACAAUUCUGCAGUCGCUAUCCUAGAUUUUGGCAAGCACAUUCUCUAAACAUUUGGGGGAAAAACCUAUAAUAUUUUGAAGAAAAAUCAAAAUGAAGUUCCUCGUUUUCCUUUUGGCCGUUUCUAUUGCCACCGUCGUCAAUGGCCAGUAUCAGCCCUAUUACGACGAUGUUCUGUACCCAUAUGCCGGUUAUCCGAUCCCUGGCAGCCAGCCGGUCAUCGAUCAAAAUCGUUUGCUUUUCCAAGUGACAUCUUUGUUUACAACGACCACCACAUCCACAACAACGACCACCACAACCUGCACGGUAUCGAACGCCGCGAACGCCGGUGCCUGCCUUGCCACUGGUCGUCGUCGCAGAGGCAUCCUUGACGACGAGGAUGACAUUGAACCUUCUCCAGUAAACAAGGUGGAGGCGACCCUGCUCCCUGAAACGGAAGCAUCGGGGGUUAGAAAGGAACGCAAACCAGAUCCGCAAGUUGCAUUUUGGCGUGCAUCUCCUGAUGAUUAUUCGCCAUACGAACUGCAAUCCACAUUCGGCGGCCAACGUCCUUUCCUAGCUGGCUACAAUCCGUAUUUCCGCCGACCUGUUGUUGCAGCUGAUCCCCGACUAUUUGUGCCACUGCAAGUGACGAGGACGUCGACAACCACCGUGACUGCCACUUCCAGAUCGACGCCCGUCUGUUCGUCGCCCAGCAACUUCAAUCAGUGUUGAAACAUUUAUCUUUGCCUUUGUUUAACAUUACGUUGAUGAUGGGUUUUGAUGAAUCCGAAACAAGAUAUUGGUUCUAUUUCCAUUAUUUAUUGGUAAGGCGAAAGUUAAGGCGAUCAAAUCUUAGCAAAUUUCAUUAAUUAUUUCAGAAGGAAUGAAUUUUUUUGCAUUUUCGUUUCGGCAGACGGCAUGGAAAUAUACAAUUCUACAUUAAA